ACACUAUUCUGUACUACCUAUUUGUAUUUAUUAACAAUUUAUCCUUACUAUAUUAUCAUGGUUUUAGGUUUAUCAAAGGAUUAGACCAGUAAACAGUAAAUACCUACUGUGAACUGUAAAGUUAAUCAAAACCAAUCUAUAUUUUAAUCGUGUGAUAUUCUUCUUGAAAUUAACACUACUUACGCUUCCUUUUCAGGUCCUUUAGGGAGCCUUUUCUGCGGCGUUUAUCAUUAACGUGUCACAAUGGUAUUGUUUGAUAUGUUUGAUACAGAAAUUCAAAUUCUGCGGGGGUGGUGACUGCCCAGAAUGGUUAUUAGUUCAGAUCAAUGCACUUUCAAGAAUGACAUCGAUUAAAAUGAAACUGUUAGCUCAGUGCACGGUUAAUUCAUUGCUUGGAGAACCAUUCAACUUUGAAAAAGCUAAGGAGCUUAUGGCUGAUGCUAAACUGGAUAUUGAAAACUGUAAAGCCUGUGUAGCCGCAAUCACAUAUAUUCUAAAAAAUGCUGCUUGUCAUGCCGUUUCUCAAAAUUAUCUUUCUAAUGAAUUACAACAAAUUGGUUUACCUCGUGAACAUGCUUCAGCGCUAUGUAGAGUAUAUUUAGACAACUUAUCAAAAAUUACUAAGGUGUUGAAGAACGAAUCUUUACGAAUUGGUCGUUUAAAUGAUGUCGAUAUAUCCAAAAGAAAUGAUGGCGAAUAUGUAAUGAAAUUAAAUUAUGAUAAUCAAUCUAAAAUUUCAGAAGAAAAUAAAUUCACGUUAACGAAGGAACAAAUUCAACUUUUAAUUGCAGAGCUCAGUGAUGUUAGCAAUCAAAUGAAUACAUUAGCUCAAGAAUGUAAAGAAUAAAUAUUUUCAAUUAAUUUAUCUAGUAUGUAUAACUAAUUAGUAACCAUUAGUACAAGUUACAACAUAUUAUUGUCAAUAUUUAAAAAAUACAAUAACAUUUUAAUAAAUGUAUACAAUAUUAUUUACAAU